AUGGCGGAGUUGGUACCUUUUGCGGUUCCCACAGGGAGUGACAAAACCUUGCUUGUUUGGGAACUGAGCUCUGGACCCACGGCCGAGGCCUUGCAACAUUCUCUGUUCACAGUCUUCUCCCAGUUCGGCCUUCUAUAUUCGGUCCGAGUCUUCCCAAACGCAGCAGUGGCCGGUCCUGGAUUUUAUGCCAUCGUCAAGUUUUAUUCAGCGAGGGAUGCUCACAGAGCCCAAAAGGCAUGCGACCAGAAGCAGCUUUUCCAGAAAUCUCCAGUGAAGAUUCGUCUUGGCACCCAACAUAAGGCGGUUCAACACAACGCCCUUGCCCUAAACAGCUCCAGAUGCCAAGAAUUGGCAAAUUACUACUUUGGUUUCAAUGGAUGGUCAAAAAGCAUCAUUAAGCUUCAGGAUCUUUCUGACCCUGAAGAAGAAAGGGAAAAUGAAGAUAUUGUAGCACCUCUUCAGAGGCAAAGCCUGAAGUUCUUCUGUGCUUUAGAGGUGGUGUUGCCAUCCUACGAGUGCAGAAGUCCAGGAGUUGGCAUGGCUGAGGAACCUUUGGAUAACUUGGAAGAAGGGCCAUUAUCACUCCUUAUGAAAAGGAAAAAAACCCAGAAACUUGCUAUUCAGAAGGCUAUGACAGAUGCAUUCCAGAAACUGCAGAUUGUGGUUUUAGAAAGUGGUAAAAUAGCUGUGGCGUAUAGAUGCUGUGAAGAGGUCACAGAUGCUAGAACCGAAGAGGAACUACAGGAUUUAAUUCAAGUCAGCUGCUUUUCCUGGAAGCCGUGUGGCCAAGGGGAGGAAGAAUGCCUCUCAGACUUCAGCUUUGAGGAGGAAGAGUUUACCGUGCCAUAG